CUAAAAGGAUUCGUCUACGAAAGGAUUGUAAAUAUAAAGUAAAUUAUUAUGUACAUGAAAUAUCUAUAAAUGGAAUACGGUUUAAACUUAUAUCUAUAAAGCGUUUUACUCGAUCGAGUUAUACACUAUAAUUACGUCAGGGUUGACCUAAAUUUUUAAGUAAACACAGCGACAAUAUUAAAUCGCUAUGGUUCUUGAUAACUUACACCGGAAAAGGAAGUAAACUCAUACAGAUAUUUGAAAUAACAGUACAGCCUAGAUUUAUCUAUGGCGGAGGUCAACAUCAAGUGUCGCCAAUAAAGCAUGGCGUUUUACAGCUGAGAGCAGCAAAGGAAACCCACCGUUCGGAAAAUAUUGGAGAUGUUAAAUGAUUACAAAUACUUAAAUGAGGAGGAUAGACAAAAAGGCUGAAAUAAGACGACUUAACGAGGAUUGACCUAAAUUGUUAAUGUUUUCUCAUCGAAAAUGUUACACAAUUGAUAUGGGUCUUGAUAACUUACACCGGAAAAGAAGUAAAUUCAUGAAGAUAUUUGAACAGGACAGCCAAUAUUUAACUAUGGUGUGCAACUGUAUCGAUAAAGUAUAUUGCCACUGUUAUGAAUGAACACAAAUGACAUGACUCAGGUUUGUCACAGAAAUACUUACCUCUCUCCUGAUAUCGAGGGAAAGUUGGAACAAUAUGACAUAAAGAUUGACCAACAUAGUGAAAACAUUGAAGAUCGUGAGAAGUUAUUGAUUAUAAAGUUAAAAAGGUUUAGCAUCGAUUUGAAAAAUGCGCAAUACAAAUUGUGUGAACAGGAGAGAGAGAUAAAAUUAUUACGCGUUCAAUUAAAAAAGGAAGGCGGCUGUGAUUAUGUAAUACCAGGAGUAUGUGAUUCAGAAACAUUAUAUGAUAUUGAGAGGAAUAAUGUUUGUCAAUAUACGAGUUCUGCAAAGGAAGAUACUGAAAUGACAAAAAUGGAAAUGCACAAAAUAAUUGAUAAUCUGAUAGAAGAAACGGAAUCAUUGAAACGUCAAAUGAGUACCAAGGAUAUUGAAAUUAGGCAACUUGGAUUCAGAUAUAAACUAUCAGAUGACAUCCUGAAAGAAAGUAAGUUAGGGAAGAGAACAAAAUUCUGCAACGUUCUUUAUGAAAAAGCUUAUCUACAAGAACACAUGGAAUUUCUGCAGGAGGACAAUCUAAAAAAGGAUGAAGAACUCUUAAAAGCAAGACGUGAACUAAAAAGGGCACAGGAAUGGAAAAUGGAUAUGUCAGACAAGUGCACCAUUAAAGCAAGACUUACAGCACACAAGCAAGAGAUCAGAAGUCUUCAGGAAACAAUUAAGCGUGUAGUAUUCCUCAAAGAUGAGAUUCAAGUAGAAUUGAAUAAGUCACUACAAAAAGAGGCUGAGUUGCAGAUAACUGUGUCACAGCUUGAAGAUGAGAAUAAGGAAAAAGAAAAAAAGAUAAAUAUAAUGACAUACCGGCUGAAUAGGAAUAUUGGAAUCAUUCAUGAUAACAAAGAUGAAAGACAUGCAUUGAAAGAACUGAAACAGAGCAAACGUGAGAUUGAAUACGAAAGGGAAAAGACAUUCACUAAACAAAUGCAAAUGAGUAAAAUAUUUGAAGAAAAUGAACAUUUAAAAAAAGAAAUAUUGAGAAAAGAUAGAGACAUACAAGAACUUACUGAUUUCUCUAAAAGUACUGAGACACUGAAAAAAGAAACAGAAGCAAAAAUGAGUGACAUGCGAAGUGAAGCAAACAAGCAAACUGUAUAUCUUCAAGAACAAUUAAAGCAAUCACGUAAUGAAAUAGCUUCGCUCCGUGUAAAUUGCAAUAAACUUAAAUAUAGUAAUCAGCAAAAAGAUUUUCAGAUAUCUGAACUGAAGCAUGAAACUGAACGGAAUACCAAAACAUUGCAGGAAAGAGAAUCUGAAAUGCAGAGGCUACUGAAAGAUGCAAAAUGUGAGCUUGAAACCUGUAAAAAAGAGAUUGAAAUGGAAAAAAAUCAGUCUAAAAUCGAAAUGACUAAAUUAGGUAGUGAAAUUGAAUACUGUUAUUUGAAGAUAAAGGAAAAAGAAUCCGAUUUAGUAAGACUGGGUGUCGAGUAUAGAAAUCGAGUUGAACUAAAAGAGCAAGAAGAACAUAAACUUCGUGACAUUAUAAGCAGACACUUCAGGGAUAUAAAGAAUCUUGAAAAAGAAUUAGAGAAACGAAAUGUUGAAAUUUUUGCAAAAGAGAAAAUGACACAACAAAAAGAUGAAUUGAAACAAGCGUUAAAUCAGUCGCACGAGGUUGCUGUAAAAAAAGAUUCUCUCAAACAGGCAUUGGAUAGGUCAGCUCAAAUGGAAGAAGCAUUACGUAAAACAGUAAAUGAACUACGGAUCGUUGGUCAUUCAUUGCAAAUGCAAAAGGAAAACGCAGAGGAAAGAUUGAAACAUUUCGAAGAACAGAUGGAAUAUGACAAAGAAAAGGUGUAUACAAUUAAACGUCAGAUGUGUAAGGAAAUUGAAGAUUUGAAAAAAGAAUUGACGGAAAAGGAAACAGCAUUACAAGAUAUUCAUAUUCAGUAUCACGACUCUGUGAAACUGCAGGAAGAAAUGGAGAUGAAACUAAAUGGAGUAAUCAGUCAAAAGGAGCUUGAAAUUAAAGAAAAAAAAUGUCAGAUUACAGAAUUAAAAUGUCAGUUAAAGGAAAUAACAGAAACAUCACAGCAAAGGGAGUCUGAAUUAAGAAAAAUAAAUAGUUCUUUGAAGUUGCAACUUAAGACUAUGGAGAGAGAUUUGAAGAAACUUACUCUGGAUAUUACAUAUGGAAACGAAAGAGCAAGAACAAAUAAAAAGCGUAUGGAGAAAAUGAAUGACGAAAUUAAAAGCCUUCAACUAACAUUGAAGGAAAAAGAAAGUAACAAUAAAAAUUUAAAAGAUGAUAUUCAUCAGAUGAAAAAAGAAGAAACAAAAUUAAAUUCCAUUGCUCACAAACAGAGGAAUGAAAUUAAAGAUCUUAAAGGAAAAAUAGAGGAAAAAGAUUUAGAAGUUACACAUGUUGAUCAAAGUAAAGAACUUGAACUGUUUCAACAAGAAUUAAAUAAAUCAAAAGAAGAAGAGCUUGACCUGCGAGAAAUUAACCAAGUUCUACGGAAUAGAAAUGCUGAAAUUGAAAUGGAAGUUACUGAUUUAAAAAAACAGGUGGAUGAAAUUUCAAAAACAUCAAAUCAGACAGAACAUGAAUUAAGAAAUAUCAAUCUUUCUUUGGAACAGCAAGUUAAAAAUUCAGAAAUUAGAUUGGAACAGCAACAGCUUGAAAUCUCACAUGAAAAAGAAUUGACACUAACAAAUCAAACACGUAUCGAACAAUUGAGCGAAGAAAUAGAAUGUUUAAAACUAACAAUGAAGGAAAAAGAUAAGACUUUGCAAAAAUAUCAUGAACGAUUUGAAGAUGCCAAUCAAUGUAAGGAAGAAGCAGUUUCAAAACUGAAUAUAGUCGUCAACAAGCAGAAGAAAGAAAUUCAACAUCUUCAAGAAGAAGUUGAAAAUAGGGAUAUGAAACUAGCUAGCGUUGAUCAAGUUAAUAAACGUAGUUAUCAUGUGCAACAAGCUUUAAAUGAGUCACACGGAAAGGAGUCUGAAUUAAGUAAAACUAUCAAUGCCCUACAAAGAGGUUAUCAAGAAAAAGAAGAUCAAAUAAGUAACUUAAAGAGUCAAGUAAAUGAAUUGACAGAUACAUUCAACAAAAGAGAAGCAGAAUUGAACAUUAUGAAUCGUUCUUUGCAAACACAACUAAACACUACAAAAGAAGAACUAAGACAGCUACACAAAGAUGUAUCACACGACAAAGCAUUAGUAAGCACAAAUCAAAAGCAUAUGGUAGAAAUGGGUAAAGAAAUUAAAAAAUUAAAACAAGAUUUGGAGCAAAAAGAAAUAACUUUGCAAGAACAUAAUGUUCAGUAUGAGGCUUGUAUUAAAAUUAAGCAAGGGGAAGAAUCGAAACUGAAUGCAAUUAUCGAAGAACAAAAAUGCAAAAUUCAAUCUUUAAAAGAAGACAUUAGGGAAAAAAAUAUGGAAGUAAAUAGUAUAGAAAAAAUUAAGAAACAAAAGGAUCAGAUUCAGGAAGCGUUUGAUGCGCUUCGGGUAAAAGAAACUUCCCUUUGUAAAAGUAGCCGAGUUCUUGAAAUCAAAAAUAAAGAGAAAGACGAAGAAGUCACCGAAUUAAAGCAACAGCUUGAUGACCUGAGGAAAACAUCGAAUCAAAAGGAAAAUGAAUUAAAAAAUAGCAUUUCUUCUUUGAAACAGGAAUUAAACAUUAAAGAAACAGAAUUGGGGCGAAAAGAGGUAGAACAUUCAAAUGUAAAAGCAUUGAUAAGCACGAAAGACAAGCAUGAUGCGACAAUGGCUGGGGAAAUCGAUCGCUUAAAGGUAGAAGUGAAGCUUAAAGAAACACUGUUGCAAGAAUUUAAUGGCAAGUUAAAAGAUGCUGUAAAAGUUAAAGAAGGAACAGAAUCAAACCUGAAAGAAAUCAUUAUUAAACAAAAUGAAGAUAUUAAUCAUUUAAAAGCCAAAAUUGAAAUGCAAAAUAAUCAAAAUGUCACCAUUGAUGAAGUAGAAAAUCGUAGCAAACAAAUUCAACAAGCAUUAAAUGAAUCACACAAGAAAGAGGCUGAAUUAGGUAGAACAAUCGAUAUUCUACAAAGAAGAGACAAAGAAAACGAAGGUCAGAUAAGAGAACUGAAAGAUCAGAUGAACGAAUUGUCGAAUACGUCUAAACGAAAGGAAAAUCAAUUACAAAGUAUGAUUUCCUCUUUGCAAACACAACUCAAAAAUACAGAAUCAAAAUUGAAGGAGCUGCACCAAGAAAAGUUGCAUGAAAAAGAAUCAUUAAGCACAUAUAAAAAACAAAUGGUGGGAUUAAAUAAAGAAAUCGAAAGUUUGAAACAGGAAGUAAAACUAAAAGACGCAAGAAUACAUGAGUAUGAUAUCCAGUGUAAAGAUGCUCUUAAAACUAAACAAGAAGCUGAAUGGAAACUGAAAGAAAUCAUCAACAAACAAAACAAUGAAAUUCAACAUCUGCAAAAACAAAUUGAGAAAAAAGAUAUAGAAGCAAAUGAUAUUGCGGAACUUAAGAAACAUAAUGAGGAAGUUCAACGAGCAUUUAAUGACCUAUGUGAAAAAGAGGCUGAUCUUCGUAAAAGUAACAAAGAUCUACAUUGUAGAAACAGGGAAAAAGAAGAUGAAGUCAGAGAAUUAAAGAAGCAACUGAGUGAAAUGUUAAAAACAGUAAGUCAGAAGGAAAAUGAAUCACAAAAUAUUAUCCAUUCUAUUAAACAGCAACUUAAGAAUACAGAGGCAAUCAUGAGGCAACAACAGUUAGAUAUAUCACAAGAAAAGAAAUUGAUGAGCACUAAAGACAAAGAUAUGGUAAAAAUGACAGAAGAAAUUAAAAGUUUGAAAUUACAAGUGAAGCAAAAAGAAUCAACGUUGCAAAAAUGUAGCGAACAAUAUACAGAUGCUGUUAAAUUGAAGCAAGAAGCAGAAUCGAAAUUGAACGAAAUUAUCCACAAUCACAAGACAGAAAUUCGACAUCUUCAAAGAGACAUUGAGAGAAAAGAUAAUGAAAUAGCAAGAAUCGAACAAAUAAAUAUACGUUACGAAAAGGUCAAGAACACAUUAAAUGAGUCACAAGAAAAGGAAGUAACAUUUCGUGAAACUAUAAAAGCACUUGAGAAUAAAAAUCAGGAAAAUGAAAAUAGAAUUGCUGAAUUGAAACGCAAACUUGACAAAACAUCAGAAGAGUCUCAUAAAAUGGAAAUUGAAUUGAAAGAAACGAAACAUUUAUUGAAUGGAAAAAUUAAAAGUAUAGAAACAGAAAAAGAUCAAUAUAAACAAGAUAUUGCAAAUGCAAAACAACUUUCAAAGGCUGCGCAGAUAAAGAUGUCUGAAAUGGAUACAAGAAUUAACGAUUUAACGAAUAAAUUGAAAAAGAAGGAAGAGGACCUACAAAAAGGAAAAGAAAACCUAAGCGGCAUAAUUGAUUCACAAAAAGAGCAAAUUCAACAUCUUGAAAGGGAAGUUCAGAAGCGAGAAAGGAAGAUGAAGUCUGUACAAAUAGAAAAAGAUAAUGAACUGCAGGAAAUGGAAAAAAAUAUGGUCGAAUUGGAAAAUCAAAUGAAACAUAUGCUAUCAAAAUUACGUGACACGGAGGCUGAGUUAGAUGAAACAAAAUCAAGGCUGAGUCGCGUAAUGGGAGACAGAUUGACUGACAACAACCCAAAUAUAACCGAUUUAAGUGACAGAAAUCGUCCUACAAAAAUAGCCGAGAAAUGUGCUGAGUUGUACGAUAAUGAAUGGACAGAUGCCUUUGAUGUUUUAGAAAAGCUAUUCCGGACCGAGGAGGCUGCGAUUGAAGCACUUUUGCUUAUUUUACAAAACGCCAUGCAUUUCUGUAAGACAAUGGCACAGCGUCAGAUAGAGUUUAUAGAGCGAGAAAUGUAUUUCGCAGAUGAAAAAGAAAAAAUUGCAGUAUCAUCAGAUAUUCAAAAAUUGAUUAAAGACAGACGUAAAGCUACGGCAACUGCUGUUGUUGGAAAUCUUAAAAAGAUAUAUUUUGCUGAACUGAAGCAAUCGAAAGAUAAAAUAAUGAGAGCUGCCUUAGACGUUGAACCGUAUACAUCAGAAUGUAUCGAAAUCUGCUGGUUUAUGCUGAUACAGGAUCCUCCUGUUGUUUUCGCUCCUUUGCCAAUUAAAGGAUCGAGUUUCGACACUAACUUUUACAAACCCUAUACCAAAAGCGGGACUCAUGUCGACUUCGCUGUAUGGCCUGCCUUAUUACUGCAUGACGGAGGUCCAAUCCUAGCAAAAGGAGUGGCCCAAGGGUACGGAAACAAAUAAGUUAUGACUGUAAUGUAGGAAUGAAUCGCAAAAUAUUAAAAUCUUGUGUAUAUACACAAAUGUAUGUCAAACGUGUCUAUAGAACGAUUCUAUUACAGUAACUUUAGAAUUGCACAAUAUAUCAUUACUUACUAUAAUGAUGGAUAUAUCCGCAGAUCAACAAAUUAACUACUGUUUAACUUAAAUUUACUUUGUUUAUUGAUGUGUUGUUGUUUUUUGUUUGAAAUUAUCAUUAAUUUCACAUCCAUGGAAUUAUUUUUUCUUGAAUUGUUGUUGAAUUAUAUUGUGUAUUGGAAGGAUAGACAUAUUUACUAAUUUUGUAUGCUGAAAUAGAAUUCAUUUCUGAAACACAAAUUGUAUAUACUUUGUUUAUUGAUGUGUUGUUGUUUUUUGUUUGAAAUUAUCAUUAAUUUCACAUCCAUGCAAUUAUUUUUCUUGAAACAUUCAUCUUCAUCUUUAGAUUUAGAUAGAUACCUUUUGUUUUUAAUAUUGAGAAUUUUUCCCAUGUUUAAAGGCUUUUUCUUAUGUUUGGUAGGAAUAGUUAUUGUGAAUUGGAAAGAUAAACAUAUUUACUAAUUUUGUAUGCUGAAAUAGAAUUCAUUUCUCAAACAUAUAUUGUAUAUUAAUUUGUCAUAGUGGUGAUGUAGCUACUGUUAGUAGAAAUAUAAUACAUGCAUAUUAAACAGUUUUUAUGAUACCUCAAGUUAUGUUAUUGUUAUACAUUUUAUGUCUCUAUGAAGAAAUGCUUUGCAUUGAUGUCAGUGAAAGUAUUAUUAUUGUUUACCUGUUCCGAUUUUCCAAAUGGAAUAUUCAUCCUCAGCGGUUAUUGUGUGUCUCAUACUGAGUAUUUUAAUGUUUUACUGAUAUAUACUUUUUAUAUGACCAUUUUUGUUACGCAAAGAACUUUUUGACUAUCAUAUUUGUUAUACAUUUAAAGAGAAGUACGUCGAUCGUUUUGUUGCCAACACCUUUAGAAGCAUUUGGCUACAAUUGUAUUGUUUAUUUAUUGUUUAAUUUUUGUGUAUUGAACAGACCAAUCUUU